AUGAGCUCGCCGACGCCAUUACGCCCCACCGCCGCCGCCGGCGGCACCAGCAGUUACUACCCCGUCCACCGGCGGCGGGGACGACCGGGCCCGGGCGCGGGUUUAAGAAGGCCGCGGGUGCGCCGGUGCAAGAUGAAGCUCAUGUACUUCCUCAUGGACAGGGACGAGCAGCGCGAGAAGCGGCUGGAGCUCGAGUUCGAGGUGUCGGAGCUGGAGACGGCGCUCGAGAAGGAGCAGCAGCUGGGCAGGGUCCUGCAGUGCUCGCUCCAGGGGCGCGUCGUCUGCCAUUGCUGCCUCUCCGCGCUGGUUCCUACCAAUGUUAGGGGCCUCCUUGCGGAGCUAGCAGUGGUGGAGGACGAGAUAUUCUACCUGGAGAAGAAGGUCGACGACCUGCGGCUGCGCCUGCACCGGGAGCAGAAGUGGACGGACCAUUGCAUCCUCCAGCAGCAGCAGAGCUGGCUGCAGAACCGCCAGCAGCGGCACUCCGUGUCCAGGAGGGAGCUCCAGCUCCAAGGAGCCCAGCAGCAGCUACCCAAGCUGCCAUGUCCAGGAGGAACCGACGAAGCUCUCGAACGCGAGAGCAAGGCUUCUGGCGGAUCCGCCUCGGCCAAAGGAGAUGAGAUGGAGCACGUCGUCGUCAGGAGAAGCAGCCACUGCCACUCGUCAUCAGAGAAUCCGAACCCGACGCCUCCCGAGAGGAAGACGACGUGCCUGGUGAGCAGCAGCCCGAACAAGCUCUCGGAGGAGCUCGUCAGGCUGACGGUGACCAUCUUCCACAAGCUCAACAAGACGACGACGACGGACGCGGCGGAGCUGGAGCUGAGCGGCACGUCGUCGUCCAAGCUCAACAUCUCCUCGUGCAUCGGCCCCAGGAGCCUCGUCCCCAAGGUCUCCGUGUCCGUGAACGGCGCCGCCGCGGGGAUGAGCCCGCUCAAGAACCGGAGAGCGGCGUCGACCAAGGGCGGCGGCCACGGCGGCGCGGAGAAGGAGGCUGCGGCCGUCGGGACCGGGUGCCAGAGGAGGUUCGUCGAGUUCACGAGGGCCUCCGUCGACGUCACCCGCGUCUCGCUGUGCCUCGUGGACAUCAAGAACCUGAGAGGCCUGAUGCAAAAGCUUUCGCUCGUCGAUCCCAGCCUCCUGACGAACAAGCAGAAGCUGGCGUUUUGGAUCAACGUCUACAACUUCUGCGUGAUGCAUGCGUUUCUUCAGCACGGUUUACCUCCAUCUCCAGAGAAGCUUCUUGCACUGCUGAAUCAGGCUUCAGUGAACGUCGGAGGAACAGUACUGAGUGUUGUCUCGAUCGAGCACCUCAUCCUGAGGCACUAUCCUGACGGCAAGCAAGGGAUCAUGGAUGACGAAGGACAGAUGGAUCUGCUGCACUCGUACGGGCUAGGGUAUCCCGAGCCCAACGUCGUCUUCGCGCUGUGCAGAGGCAGCCGCUCCUCGCCAGCACUGCGCGUGUACACGGCGGAGGACGUGUCGAACGAGCUGGAGUGCGCCAAGUUGGAGUACCUGGAGUCGUCGGUGCGCGUCGCCGGCAGGAAGCAGCGCGCCGCCGUCGUGGUGCCCAAGCUGCUGCACUGGCACAUGCGCGACUUCGCCGACGACGCCGCGUCGCUGCUGGAGUGGGUGCACAGCCAGCUGCCCAGGGCGUCGGGGCCGCUCCGCCGGGCCAUCAGGGAGGUCCUGGGCGCCAACGUCAGCAGCAGCGGCAGCAGGGCGGCCACGCCUGGGCCGGCGGCCAAGAUGGUGGAGGUCGAGCCGUACGACGCCGACUUCUGCUACCUGCUGCCCGUCUGGUGA